UAACGAAUGAGCGUUUUCAAUAUUCCAUCAGCCGUUUGCUACUGCAUACACGACGUUCAUAAAUUCAAGGAUGUAUUCCGCUAGAAUUCAUAAGUUUGUCGUUCAAAUUUUUUCUUUAUUUCGUCGUAUCGGUCUAUGGCAUGGAGAAGACAGGCCUACAUCUAGACAACUCUUGCAGAAGUCAUUCUUUUGCAUCUACUACCUGACUUUUAUACUUUCAAUGUCAGUUAAAGCAUUUAUAUCAGACGCUCUUGAUGAAAGCAUUUUCUUAGCGGAAUGUUCAAUUAUUUGCGCAGCUCUGCUUAUUAAAAUUAGGAUGUUCCUUUGGAAGCAGAUGGAAACUGUGGUGAUGUUAAACCGGAUUUGUGUUUUCACAAUUCGAAAUGAAGAAGCGUUCGCAUUUUUCAACAACAAAGUGGAAAAAUUUGUCAAAUUUAUGAAAAUGUGCGUGAAAAAUACUCUCUUUAUUUCAUUGGGAUGUGUAGUUCUCCCAUUUCUUGGAAGUCAGAGGUCACUUAUUGCGAAUAUUGCGCUUCCAUUCGAUUGGGAAAAUAGUGAAAUUGGGUUUUGGGUGGUGUACAUUUUCAGUCUUACCGAAUAUUAUAUAGUGGUUCUGACAAUGUUGUUUUCCCUUAUCAUGUGGUAUUUGUUGCUGCUCUGUUCAUUAAGAUAUAAAAUUUUGGGAAUGGAAAUGAAAAACAUAGGACGAGCCGCAGGUAAAGUGAAAAUGCCGGUUAAGGAAAAACAGGCCAUUUUUAAACAGGACUUAGUGGCGUCGAUUAAAGGUCACCUACAUUUAAAAGGAACAAUCGAUGAUUUGGAAUCAUUUUUAUCAAAAAUGUUUCUGUUGCAAUUCGCCGCCGGUAGCCUAUGCAUUUGCUGUUCAAUUUAUUGCUUGGCCUUCGAUAUAAGUUCCAACAACACGGAGCGCUCAAUUCACCUCUAUUUAUUUUUAUACAGCACUGCUGAAUUGUUCAUGAUAACGUAUUUAGGGAAUGAGAUUAUGUUGUCGAGUAGUGCUCUUUCAUACAGUUUGUUUGAAAGCGAUUGGAUCGGGCAACCACAUUCGACCCAGAAAUGCAUUAUCAUUUUUGCUGAAUACUUGAAGCGAUCGCAUGCGAUGCUAACCGAUAAAUUGUAUCCGUUGACAUUGGAAACAUUUACUAGGAUUUUGAAUUCGUCGUACAGCAUGUUCAACAUUUUAAAGAACACGAAGCAAUAAAAAUGGAGUCGGAAGCAUGGGGCUUGUAAUGAGCGUUUCAAUAUAAAUAUAUUCAGACACGAAACAGCUCGGGAUUUCGCACAACCACUACAUAGAUGUAGUAAAAGAAUGCACGUUAAUUUUCACCAAUGACCAUAGAUUGAGAAGCGGAGACAUGUAGUCAAUAAAGGAUUAGGUGGUACACGUACACAGCAAU